AACUGUCAGUUUUUGUCUCUUAAGACGGCCGUGCUUGACCAAAAAAGUUGUUUGGUAGAAAUAUUUUUUUCCAAAUCCUUUUAAAACGAAUAUAAUAAAAUGCAGUGCACUUUAAGAAAUGCUAUUGCAGCUGCGAUUCAGACACCAUUACGUACAAACAGUGCGAUACUCGGUGCAUUGAACAGUCGGUCGUAUUCCACAGCACAUGAAGCGGAUUUGGUAGUGAUUGGAUCCGGCCCUGGUGGUUAUGUUGCCGCUAUUAAAGCCUCCCAAAUGGGCAUGAAGACCGUUAGUGUGGAAAAGGAAGCAACACUUGGUGGCACUUGUCUAAAUGUUGGAUGCAUACCAUCAAAAGCAUUAUUAAAUAAUUCACAUUAUUAUCAUAUGGCGCACUCUGGAGAUUUAGAGAAACGUGGCAUUGUUUGUGGAAGUGUUUCUUUGAAUUUAGAAAAUUUGAUGGGACAAAAAACUACUGCCGUCAAAGCGCUUACAGGCGGCAUUGCACAACUUUUUAAAAAAAAUAAAAUUACACAGCUCACAGGAGUCGGCACAAUCACCAGUGCCAAUGAAGUGCAAGUCAAAAAAUCCGACGGCAGUGUAGAGACAGUGAAAGCGAAAAAUAUUAUGAUUGCAACUGGUUCUGAAGUUACACCGUUCCCAGGAAUACAAAUUGACGAAGAAGUCAUUGUUUCCAGUACUGGUGCUUUAAAACUUGCACAAGUACCAAAAAAAAUGGUUGUUAUUGGUGCUGGUGUCAUUGGUUUGGAAUUGGGCUCAGUUUGGUCACGUUUAGGUGCCGAAGUUGUAGCUGUUGAAUUUAUGACGUCGAUUGGUGGUGUGGGCAUUGAUGCCGAUGUUGCCAAAAAUUUCCAAAAAAUUCUAACCAAACAAGGUCUUCAAUUUAAACUUGGUACGAAAGUUAUGGGAGCUACUCGAAGUGGUAAUAGCGUAACCGUAUCUGUUGAAAAUGCUAAAUCUGGUGAGAAGGAGGAAAUCGCUUGCGACACACUGCUGGUGUCGAUUGGAAGACAUCCAUACACUGAAGGUUUGGGCCUGGAAGCUGUAGGCAUUGUAAAGGAUGAUAAAGGUCGUAUACCAGUCAACGGACAAUUCCAAACAAUAGUACCCAGCAUUUUUGCUAUUGGUGAUUGUAUACAUGGACCUAUGUUAGCACAUAAAGCCGAAGACGAAGGUAUUAUUUGUGUGGAAGGAAUGCAUGGUAUGCCUGUGCAUAUCGACUACAAUUGCGUACCCAGUGUUGUGUAUACUCACCCUGAAGUAGCGUGGGUAGGUAAAUCAGAAGAAGCACUAAAACAAGAAGGCAUUGAAUAUAAAGUUGGCAAAUUCCCAUUCCUUGCUAAUUCACGUGCAAAAACCAACAAUGAUACCGAUGGCUUUGUGAAAGUUUUAGCUGAUAAAAAAACUGACAGAGUUUUGGGCACACAUAUCAUUGGUCCCUCUGCGGGUGAACUUAUCAAUGAAGCCGUAUUGGCUAUGGAAUAUGGUGCUGCCGCUGAAGAUGUUGCUCGAGUUUGUCAUGCACAUCCGACUUGCGCAGAGGCAUUGAGAGAAGCUAACGUUGCUGCCGCUUUUGGAAAACCCAUUAACUUUUAAUUAAAUUAUCUAUUUUAUUUUAUUUUUAUUUUUUUGCUUCAGUGUAUAAACUUGCGUAAAAUUGAAACGAUUUUAAAGCCAUCUCGAUAUCUCAUUGUCUGACAAUUGAAAAGUGUUAAAACUACAAAAGCUCUGAAAAGAUUUUUGUGGGAAGUGAUUAACGAAUAUUACAUUACAUAAAUAAAUUGGAAUUAAAUUCACAUAAAAAUGGAAAU